ACCAAAACCUCGUGAUUGUAGAUUGUACGCAUGCAAUGUACAUGAUUUAUUCCGAUUCCCCUCUCGGGGAACCCCGUCCACUAGGACAUCCCCCGUUCCCGUACUUCUUGGCUUUCUUCAUUCUUGCUGCGCUCUAGUACUAGAGCUCCCAUUCGGAUUUGUGCUAGAGUCGUGAUUUUUGGUGGACUUGGAGGUAAGUAAAGUGCUAAGCAAAUGUUGAUGCCCGCCUGCGCAAACUCCGGCGCGUCCACCUCGUCGAGCAGCUCAUCAUCUGGGGCUACCAGUUGUACUAGCAGCACCAAAGCAAUACACUUUUCGGGUAAAAACCCGAAACGCGUCGCCCUCGUGUGGUUCAAGCGGGACCUCCGUGUCCACGACCACGCCCCGCUCUGGGAGGCCUUGGCGUCGAGGUCGACAACGUCAGCAGCAGGAAAAACAGAGGACGGCCAUCAUCACGUCGACUUCGCACCAAGUAGCGUACACAAAAACCUCCCUCCGUCCCGAGUGCCCGGUACUAGAACACAAAUCCAGCAAGAUCAUGACUUUGUGCUUCCCGUCUACAUUCUGGAACCCACGCUGUGGAAAACGUGUCCGGAUCUCUCACGACGGCACUACUUGUUUCUGCAAGACUGCGUGAGGGAAUUACAGAAGGAUUUGCAGCAGUUGCUAGGGCUCCAGCUGUUCUUCAAAGUCGGCGAAGUUGUGGAGACCCUGGAAGCGUUGCGGAGUUCCUUCCAGGAAAACGGGUUUUCUGUGCAGACGCUCUACUCUCACCAAGAAACGUGGAACUACUGGACCUACCAGCGCGACCGGAAAGUUCGGAGGUUUUGCAAGUUAUCCGGUGUAAAUUUGAGUUCUGAAUUUCAUCACCCGCACGACGUGGCAAUGCAUAGGGGCCAGGUCCUCUUCAGUUGCAUUUCCUUUGCAUAUCAAAAAAAAAGGGGGGCUUUUGCGAGUUUCGGCGUCGGCGAAAAAGGGGGGCCAUACGAUAUAAACAGAUCACUUUAUCGGGCGUUCGUCUCCCUUAUUACUGAUCACCACGAAGACAAAUGUCGUCGUCGGCCUGGAGCUGCAGCCUCUUGCCGGAAAAUAAGUUUGUGUUGCGUUUGCUAUGUGUGCGGCAUAUAAAAGUGAUGAAUUACGACUUGUCCUCUUGCAUAGGACGCACACGGCAUCAGGUGGAGAGAGCCGCGACAAACCGGGGUGGUGCGAAGGUUGAAAAACCGAGACGGCUGGGCAAAACAGUGGGAAAUUUUCAUGCGCGAAAAGGUGCUUGACAUUAGGAAGGUCAUCUGUCCCGGCGGCGUACCAGAACAGGGGUUGUCCGCAUUCAGGUUUGGGUGCUCCCUCGAGGGGCAGACAGGUGUUGACAACUCCGAGAACAAAUGCAAUGCCCAUCCGAAGAACACCCAUGAGGAUGAAAAUGUUCGCUCGUCAACAGAAGUAUGCGACAAAAGCCACCGUGCGGCGUCGACGUUUCAGGAAGUUUACGCAGCGUGCGGGGAUGUGCAAUUCGGUAGUUUUUGUGCCAGGAAAGAGCAGACGCGGCCUAAAGAUGACGAUCCGGCUGCUGCCAGAGAGGAGGUCUCGCAAGACCUGCUGCAGAACACGGGGCUGACAGGACGGGCUGUAGCCCCCUCAGGUGCUCCUGCAAAAGAUGUUGCAACUUCUACGAGAGGAUCAAAUUCCACACCGUCCUCCUCCUGGUUUCCGCCUCCGUCCGCUUUCGACCUUGUCGAUGACCACUGCAUCGCGCUGCAGAAGGGCGGCCGUCGCAACGCGAUCUGGAUGCUGGAAAGCUUCCUGGCGGAACGGGCGUCCAACUACAGCCGCAACAUUAGUUCGCCCAUUACCGCGUGGGAAGGCUGUGCGCGACUGUCGCCACACCUGGCUUUUGGCACGAUCAGUCUUCGGGAAGUCUUUCAAGCCACGGAGAAAAAGCGUGGGAAAAUAGCGGAAGAGAAGAAAAACGGGAACAACAAAACGAGAAACAAGCGGCCUCAAGGUCAAGGUCAAGAUUAUGGUAGAAGUGAAACAACAAGCGCGACCACUGCUACUGCAUCAGUCCCCUCCGCGGUCAACGGCCGCGACCUGAACAGUUUCGCGUCCAGAUUGCGUUGGCACUGUCACUUUGGGCAGAAGCUGGAGGACGAACCGUUACUGGAGUUUCGCAACCUGCACUCGGGCUACAAUGGUAUCCGCGAGGAAAACGCAAUCACGGAUGCUGAGGCCGUGGCGAUCUCGCAGUGGGCCGUGGGAUGGGUCGCGGGGAAGAAGACUUUUUGGGCUUCGUCAGCACACCCUAUGGCUAGUGCGGACGCAAACAACGACGUGCAUCUGGACGAGCAAGAACAUGUUGGCAACUUCUACUGUGGGGAAAAGAUGCCGAGAGGACCAUCAUCGUCGCACCCACCUUCAUCUUCGCGUCUUCUCGAUGCCAUUCUUGGCAGCAUCGACGGGCAGAAGGCCGCUGCGUUCAGGGCGAACAAUCCAGUGGCUGUCGUACGGCGGGAGAGUGAAGAACUUUUCCGCAAAAACGCAGCUCCUGCAGCAGAAGGUGAAUCAGCUUCCUGGACGAGUGACACUAGUGCGACAGGCACAAAUAGCGCGCAUGGACUUUUUAUUUCCCAGACAAAGCUUCCGAUAGUACGGAUACCACCGAUCCAAACUUCAUCUUCAAGCGGUCAACAUUAUGGUCAAGUGGAGCAAGAUCGUUCCGUGCUUGUCGACAAGCUGAAAUUUCUCCACUGUUAUCCUUUGCGAAAAAUCAAAAGAGAAAAAAAGCGAAAGCCAUCUUCAUCUUCUUCGCCACCGAUUUUUUCACCUGGUAUUUUUUGUGGUAAGUACUUCCCUUAGCUUCUAUACUAUCCUUGCCCUUUGCAUAGAACUAGGCGGUACUGGGCGUACUAUGACCACAAAUUGUAGUAUCCAAUCGGGGGCCGUGGCAACAAGAUGGUGAACACUGAGGUGAUUUCAUUUUCCCAUAUCAUAUCCCGGCCUCCGGCACCACCGGCUACCCCAUGGUCGACGGGUGCAUGCGGGCGCUGACCGAGACCGGGUGGGUGAACUUUCGGAUGCGCGCGAUGCUGUGCAGCUUCGCGACCUUCCACCUGUGGCUGCACUGGCGCCCGGUGGCCAUCCACCUCGCACGCCUGUUCACCGACUACGAGCCGGGGAUUCACUAUCCGCAGGUGCAGAUGCAAGCCGGGACGACGGGCAUCAACACGAUCCGAUGCUACAACCCGAUUAAGCAGUCCGAAGACCAGGAUCCCGACGGCCGAUUUUUGAAAAGGUGGCUACCGGCACGGCCGCAUGAAGGUGAAGAACCGAUGAAGAAUAAUAUGAACAAUGAAAAUGCAGCCGCGACAGGAGAGCAGGCCUAUAAUUAUGGGCGGCCAAACGAGCAAGGGGUCUCCUUGUCUAGCAGUUCCACGACGAGUACAGGAGUUGUAGGUGGCGCGACAAGUUCUACUUUGGUUUUUCCGACUACUGCAGGUAUUUCUGCACAUGGUAGGAGCGGAGUUCGAAUCGUGCAAAUAAGUAAAGACGCCACCGCGGGGGCCGCAGCAGCAGCCGAUCUGGAAAGAGCGCAAAAACAACCAAAGGCGAAGGCGGGACAGAGAAAGACCGCAACGAAAGCGAGGGCUGCCGCCGGGGCCGCCGCGAAGACGAGGGAGAAGCAAGACAAGACGAAACCCUCUCGAUCCGUCCACCAGCCCUGGGCGCGGACUGAGCACGACCCAGAUGCUGCUGCCGCUUGGUGGAACGCCGACAAGGAGCACAAGGACCGGCAGAAGAAAAGCAAGGGAAAUAAAACAGCUGUGAACAAAACGAAGCAAGAGCAGCCGACUUCGUUCCCCGCCCUGAGUGGCGUCGAACAUGAAAAAGCAAGCCUCGAAGUGGUUCUACAGCAGGAACGAGAAACGGAGCUGCUUCUCCAGGAUCUCAGCGUGCUCCUCGAGGCACAGGUUUUGGCUUUUCACGCACACUUUCUCACGGACGAGAACACGAUCUACCAUAACUUCCCGAUCGCGGACGAGCGGCUGGCCAGGCGCUACGCCAUGGACAGGAUGCACACGUUGAAAAAACAUACCGCGGUGCGGAGCGAGGCGAGAAAGAUCGUCCAGAAGCACGGUAGCAGAACCGGGCAGAACGACAGGAAUCACGGUGGUGGAAGUAGGAUGGGUGUGGGUGAUGAUAAGCAGCAGGACUUUCAGUUCGCGGAGACGGAGGAAAGGCCGCCGAUGAGGAAAGGAGCAGCGAAACCAAAGGCGAACCAGCUGCAAGUGUUUUCCUUCGGCGAAAAUGGGGAAAAGAAAUCCACCGCAGUAAGAAAAAAUGUGCGGAAUUUCGCAACGGGCUUGGGCAGCGCAGCUCUCACCAAAAACGCGCCAGCAUUUCGUGGCAACAAGCGUCCCAACAUGUUUCCGGAUCUUCUAGCGGGGAGCGAAGAUGAGAGCUCGAAUCCUGAAAGAGGCUCGGACCACGCACUAGUACUUGGGGGAACGGACGACGAUGACUCUUUUGGGAAGGUGGAAGCCGCGCUGAGCAGAAAAAUCCGGAAGAAGGAAGAUGACCACGGGAGCCAAGUUGCAGGGGUUCUUCAGCACAACAUCAACAUCAAAAAUCAUGUCGCAGCAUCUACCGCUUCAUCAACAGGUGCGCCGAAGACGCUGCUUCAGCCGAAGUCGAAUUCAGUUACGGCCCACGAUUUCUUUGUAUCAACAAGUGCAGGUCGUGGUGGGUCUUCCUCGUCGCAGCAGGCGUCAAAGUCCAAAAUAAUAAUAAAUUCUUCGGGCGUCGGAUCUUCAGCACCAAACAGUGGUAGCGAGGUGGAUAACAUUUUCGCAAACGUGAUAGCCGCGGCGAAUCAGCAGGCAGCUGCAGGACCAAGUGGUGCCCUAGUUGUGCCACGGCCACAGCCUGCAGCAAGUUUUGUUGCCAGUGAUGAGAACCAAAAUCGAGGGAUCAUAAGUGGUCAUAGUGCAGUCGCGAAUCAACAACAGUCAGGCCCUGCUGGCACACGACCACGCCCUCCCCACGCUCCUGGAUUUGCCUUUGUCGGGAAUGUUCUCAACAGGGAGCCUCCUUUGUUGAUUGACCUGACUGGAGAGGAUGAUAGUGAGGACGAAGCAGCUGCAGGAAAAAUGGUCCAGAAAGAGGAAGAACGAGAUGCCGAAAAAGCAUUACAGCCCCCGGCGGCGGGACCACAGGACAAUAAAGUCCAAAUUACCUCCCCUGCUACGUCUAUUGCAAGAGAGAACUACACCAGCAGACCCGAAAUAGAAGUGAUCGAGAUUUCGGACUCGGACAUAUACGAGAACGAGGACCGGGAUCAGCUCGAGGUGCAUUCAUCAGACGAGGACGAGGAAGUGGGCAGCUGCGGGAUGAUGAUGUCUCAGUCUGAAUCUGAUGCUGCACUGGAUGACGAUGUGUUAUUGGUAGUGGACGACGAUGAUGAUGACGGGAGCUGACACGAACGUCGUCCCUCGAUACGAUGCAGCUGGCUCAUACGCCGACGCCUCUUGUCCUUCUCGCGGCGAGAAGAUGUUUCCACAAGGCUAGAAGCCCCGUAUCAUGGGGGAGCGGAAGCACAGAUAAGUAUCACUAGGAUCACUAUCUUCGCCGGUCGUUGUGGUGGCUCAACUACUUACUUAGACGAGCCUGUGACUGAUUACGGUCGAAAUAUUCCAAUACGCAUAGAGUGACGAGUAAGUAUCUGAUGUAUCUGACGAUGAACACGAAGAACAGGCACGCAAAAGCCUGUUUCGGGCGCU